UUUGUGCACUUCGGUUGUAAACAACAUGGCGGUUCAGAAAGCCGAUAUUUUUUAAGUACUGAAACAUUGUUUCUGUGAGGAAUAGUAUAAUAAACAAGUCAUGUGAACACUUGAACUAAGCAAAAUGCCAACGCCAGACACAAUUAAUGGUCCGCAAGCUACGGCCGUUGAACAGGAUGAUAAUUCGAAAGUUGAAAGUGAUUCUGCGGCUGGACCCCAGAAUCCUGAUGACGGGGAGUUGUUGAUCGACUCGAUGGUUUAUGUCGAACCCAUCAAACGAGGUCAUGUUCCCGACCAUCUUUUGGAAACUAAAAUUUACACGCAAGUGGGUCAGAACAAAGCCAUCCAUGUUCGGCCAUCUGUCAUACAUUUUGAUGGGUUUGAGGAGAACCAGAAGAAUGUCCGAUCUCUGACGAUUGUAAACGCCUCGCCACAAGUCACUCGGAUGCAUAUCAUUCCACCACAGACAAAGUAUUUCGACAUCAAAUAUACAAAAUCAAAAAGAAUGGUUCCAGGCUUGACACUGGAUUGUCAGAUUGAAUUUACCCCAGAUGAAUGGCGAUAUUACUACGACUGUAUUCGCAUCAACUGCCCUGGUGAGGAGAACCUGGUAAUUCCAAUUCACGCCUAUCCAGUGAUGGAUACCGGGGGGUUUCCUGUCAACUUCUCCUUCUCUGCGGUACCUGUUGGACACAAAAUGUCUGAGAUAUUUGCCCUGCGUUCUCCUGCUCCCGUUGAGUUUGAGUUUGAGCUUGUCUACCUACAGCCACAUCCGACUUUUGACAUUGAGCCGAUGUCAGGUGUUGUACCAGCCAGUGGAGAAGUGAAUAUCACGGUGACCUUCUCUCCAACCGAAUACCUGACAGCCAAAAUGAUGGUUCAGCUGACGACCUCUCAGUUCAACUCGAAACCACUCAUUUGUUCCUUCACAGGCUACUCAUCACCGGGCUUGUUGAAAGAACUGUCAGAACAGAUUUACAUGUCUGAGUUUGACCCAGAAGUGUUGGAUCCACGGUGUCUUACUCCAUUGGACCGAGCUCGCUCAAAGAAAAAGAAACCAAAGCAGUCACCAAAACCUCCGAAACCGGAGCCAGCCAAAGAAGUGUUUUACAAAGGAAUCAAGUUUUCAGCAUCUGUCGUCGACUCGCCAUAUGCCGUUGCACAAGUUCUGAACCAAGUAGCAGGGAAGCUUUCUGUGAAAGACCUCAGACAAACUUUCAUGUCAAAGAAAGAUACAAAGGGAACAUCAACAAAACAAAUGAAGGAAGCACGGUUUGAACAGUUAGUUCGUCAGAAUGUUUACGAAGAGAGACAGAACCAGCUGAGAUGGCAGGUGAAGCUGGGAGAUGACCAAAUCACACACAAAGAAAAACAACAGAUCCUCGAUGACCGAAAUGCGGCAAGUGUAUUCUAUAAGUAUAAUGUGAGAGGUGACUCGGUACCUGAAGACGAAUAUCUGAGAACAUGUUCAUCGUGUGUCUUCAAGAGAACUCUCAGAGACCAUACACAGGUUGGAGUGGAGGGGAUCGAAUUCGACCCAUACACAAACGAUAUGUGGGCAGUACGACACGCCGCUCUCAACCGCUUCCAGCAGGCGGCAAGAAAAGUGAUAAUAAGAUUAAGGGCAGCGUACAAGUUAUCGUCUUUGAGAAAAGUGGUCGUUGACUGGAGUAGGAAGAAAUAUUCACAAGCUCUGCUCAGUGAAGAUGAAAAAGACAAAAUAGAAGAUGAAGAAGAGAAGGAAGAAAUUCCAAUGCAUCUUGAGUUACAAACUAAAAAAAUAAAGAGAUUCAAGUUUGCUACUUACAUUCCACCAAAUAUUAAAGAUGAUAUGGCUCCAGAUGCUCUAGGAUUUGUUCCAUUCAUUCAAACUGAAGUGGUCGUCAAGAGAAAAGUGCCGUACUUCAAUCUGAAGGUUCCACAACAGUACAAGCUGCUGGGAUUCAAACAACACAAUGCACACAACGCGUCCAGUGGCUAUGUGGCACCAAAUCUGAUCCGCCCGCUGAGAACCGGAGCAGAGGAUGAAAUAAUUAGUCUUCCUCCAGUCCCGAGUUUGAUUGACCAGGUGAAACCUGAAGAUGAAUUAGUCAAUGAAGGGGACUUAACUCUAGUUGACUUACCUGAGAAAGAGGUCAUCAAGGAGGUCAAGACCUUGACCUUGUCUCCACCAGAAGCGCUGUUCUCGUCAAUAGAAUAUCCUCCACUCCAUAUCUUUAAUCCAGCUCCAGGUUUGCAGGUGUUUCUAGCACCGUUGCCGUAUGCAGAAGUUGACAAUGAUUUCCAUCUCUGUCCUCUACCACGCUAUAUCCGCAAAGACUUUGCCACCAAUCCCCAUGCGGCAACACAGAGAAAAUACCUCGACAGAGAGGACGUGAUAAGAGGAACGAUGGGCUGGAAGAAGUUUCCCUCCCAGGGUUUGACCUCGCUAUCCAACACUCCCACACUGACUGGCGUGUGGGUUCCUCGAUGGGAUGACCAGUUUGCUACUGAAUUGUUGCCACAGGAGGUUUCAGCGUUUCUUGAUGGACUUCCCGAGGAUCUCAGAGAAGAUAUUAUAGAUGAACCAGAGGAUGAUGGUCAGCCACAGACUGGAGGAGUCGAGUUGACACCACAGAUGGUAAAUGCUCAGUUUUCUUUGGUGGAGUCCACUACAGAUGAAAAUAUUACAAGUGAUAUGUUUCCACACGGCAACAAAAUGCCAACAUCCAACAUUCCAGUGGGUGUUGAUGGACCUGUACCCAGAGAGAAGCGGGAGCAGGAACUGGACUACUUCCUCACUAAGAAGUACAAUCGUCUUGGCUCCAAGUUCCAAAGCAAGAUACAGUCACUAAACAGACAGAUUUCAGACCCUGACCUGGCGUUGAAAUAACCAUUUAUGUAUCUGCCCAUCCGUCCAUCCGUCCAUCCGUCCGUCCGUCCGUCCAUAGAUCUUCUCAAGAAGAACAAUAUUUCUACUGUGAUAAUGAUCACCUGGUUUUCUAUAUGCUCGGUGAUUUCCCUAGGUGUCUGGUGAUUUCUCUGGGUGCCUGGUGAUUUCCCUAGGUGCCUGGUGAUUUUCCUAAGUGUCUGGUGAUUUUUCUGGGUGUCUGGUGAUUUCCCUGAUUGUCUGGUGAUUUCCAUGGGUAUCUGGUGAUUUCCCUGGGUGCCUGGAGAUUUCUGUGGGUGCCUGGAGAUUUCUGUGGGUGCCUAGUGAUUUUCCCUGGAUCCUGGUGAUUUCACUGGAUGUCUGGUGAUUUCUUUUUGUGCCUGGUGAUUUUCCUAGGUGCCUGGUGAUUUUCCUGGGUGUCUUGUGAUUUGCUAGAUAUCUGGUGAUUUUCCUAGGUGCCUGGUGAUUUUCCUAGGUGCCUGGUGAUUUUCCUGGCUGUCUUGUGAUUUGCUAGAUAUCUGGUGAUUUGUGUAGGUGCCUGGUGAUUUGUGUAGGUGCCUGGUGAACUGUUUAGAAGACUACCCAUUUGACAGUUGUAAGUGCCUGCUGAUUUUUCUAGAUGUCUGUUGAAAUUGUUAGGUGGUGUCUGGUGAUUUAACCAGGUGUCCUGUAAUUUGUUGGAUAUCUGGUCAUAUUUUUAAGCAUCUGUUGACAAGUGUCUAGUGAUUUCGCUAGGUGCCUGGUUAUUUGUUUUAGGUGUCGGAUGAUUUGCUGGGCACCUAUUGGCUAAAAGCAUGUGUGAUAUACAUCAAAGAAAAACAUUUGACUGUCUUACUCUACUUUAUAAUCCAGAGACAUUGUGUGUGUGUUUUGACAUGUCAGGCCGCAAAUAAAACUUAUGUGUGUAUAAAAAAUAUUGUAUCUACA